AUGUCAGGUACCGAGAAGAAAUUAGCUAGAUGGUACUUUGGGGGGCUUGCUUCUGCAGGCGCAGCUUGUUGUACACAUCCCUUGGAUCUGAUAAAAGUUCAUUUACAAACACAACAGGAAGGGAAAAUAUCAAUACUAAGGCUAACAGCUGAUAUUGUAAAGAAACAAGGUAUUCUUGCACUCUAUUCGGGACUAUCUGCCUCUCUGUGCCGUCAACUCACAUAUUCUACCACAAGAUUUGGUAUUUAUGAAGUUGCCAAACAAAACCUUCAGAAUGAUUCCUUUUAUGCCAAAGUUGGAGUAGCUGCCGUUGCAGGAGCUGUAGGUGGGUUCAUUGGAACUCCUGCUGAUAUGGUCAAUGUCAGAAUGCAAAAUGACAUCAAAUUGCCCAUUGAAAAGAGGCGCAACUACAAACAUGCCAUAGAUGGAAUGGUGAGAGUGUACAGAGAAGAAGGUAUUCGAAGACUGUUUUCUGGGGCAUCAACUGCUUCAUCCAGAGCUGUUUUUAUGACAAUAGGACAGUUAUCUUUCUAUGAUCAAAUCAAGAUACUACUGUUGGGUACAGGAGUCUUCAAAGACAAUAUGGUUACUCACUUUCUAUCAAGUCUAAGUGCUGGUGCCAUCGCAACAUCUCUAACUCAACCUCUCGACGUUCUAAAGACCAGGUCGAUGAACGCCAGACCUGGCGAGUUCAAAAAUUUAUUGGCCAUCGUGGCUCACACUGCCAAACUGGGCCCCAUGGGCUUCUUCAAAGGUUACAUUCCAGCGUUCGUGAGGCUCGCGCCCCAAACAAUCUUGACGUUCGUGUUUCUCGAGCAGCUCAGACUCAACUUCGGAUUCGUUCCUAUAGGUGCCAAAGGAGAUGCGUAACUUUCUUCCAGGGUUAAUUUUUUUUAAACUACUCAACACUAAUUUCGUCGCACACCAAAAUGUCGCCCCUGUUAUAAUGUGAAUAACUUUUUUCAGUUUAGAACAAUUUGAAUUUGGUUCACACUGUUCGAUAGCCCAGUCCUUCAGCUAUAAUCUGGUACUUCAUUGAAAUAUAAGGGUAUUCACAUAAAAUCUCUACAUGGUGUUUUCCGACACUGUGCAAAAUUUCGGAAUAUUCAAAAAGCUCUCAA